UUGAUAAUUGUUGUUUUAGAUUUUCAUCAUACUAAUGAUAAUGUCUUCGUUCUCAUGGGUUACUGCUCUAUUGCUUCUUCUAUACAUAGCUAAGCUUCGCUUGGCAGAUGCUCAAAUUGGUGUGUGCUAUGGGAUGCUGGGCAACAAUUUACCAGCAACAAAGGAAGUGAUAGAUGUUUACAGAUCAAAUAACAUCAAACAAAUGAGACUCUAUGAUCCCAAUCAAGCUGCUCUACAAGCACUUAGAAACUCCGGCAUUGAACUCAUUCUUGGAGUUCCAAACUCUGACCUUCAAGGGCUUGCCACAAACUCUGACAGUGCACGCCAAUGGGUGCAAAGAAAUGUGCUAAGCUUUUGGCCUAGUGUCAAAAUCAAGUACAUUGCAGUUGGCAAUGAAGUGAGACCUGUUGGAGACUCCACUUCAUGGAUGGCUCAGUAUGUUCUCCCAGCAAUUCAGAAUGUAUACCAAGCUAUUAGAGCUUAAGGCCUCCAUGAUCAAAUCAAGGUUUCAACUGCCAUUGACAUGUCCCUCUUAGGAAACUCUUUUCCUCCUUCACAAGCCUCAUUUAGGGCUGACGUCAGGUCAUACCUAGACCCAAUUAUAGGGUAUUUGGUAUAUGCAGGUGCACCAUUACUAACCAACGUUUAUCCUUACUUUAGCUAUAAAGAUAACCCACGUGACAUAUCACUACCUUAUGCUAUUUUCACAUCACCAAAUGUUGUGGUACAAGAUGGUCAAUAUGGGUACCAAAAUCUUUUUGAUGCUAUGCUAGAUGCAGUGCAUGCUGCCAUUGAUAACACUGGAAUUGGUUUUGUUGAGGUUGUUGUUUCUGAGAGCGGGUGGCCCUCAAGUGGAGAUUUUGGUGCAACUUAUGAUAGUGCCCAGAUUUAUUUGGAUAAUUUGAUUCGUCAUGUUAAUGGGGGCACUCCUAGAAGGCCUUGGAAGCCUACAGAAACUUAUUUGUUUGCCAUGUUUGAUGAGAACCAGAAGAAUCCAGAGCUGGAGAAACAUUUUGGACUUUUUUUUCCUAAUAAACAGAAGAAGUAUUCAUUUGGGUUUGGUGCAGAAAGGAGAAGGGAAUUCUUUGCCAAUGAGUUCAAUGCAACAGUUGUUCCAUUAUUGAAGAGUGACAUUUGAGCUUUAAUUUGAAUUUAUGUUGUCAAAAUUUGGGUGAUUUUCUAAUCCAUUUCCUUUUUUAA